UUGCCAACGGGAAAUUAAUUUUAAUUUUGGAAAGAGUUAUACUGUCAAAUAAGAGAUUGUCAAUGUUUAUGUUCUCCCCAGCAGGUCUCAUGAUGGUGGUGGUGAUGAUGAUGGUAUCACUGCACGUACAUGGGUACAGAGGUUGCAUCGAAAGCGAAAGGAAAGGAUUGAUGGAGCUCAAGGCAUACCUCAACAUAUCUGAGUAUCUUUAUGAUUGGCCUAACGACAACACAAGUAGCGAUUGUUGCAGAUGGGAAGGAGUCAAGUGUGAUCUUAUCAGCGGGCAUGUGAUCAGCCUCACUUUGAUUGAAACAAACAAUUCAUCAUCAUCACUACUAAAUCUUUCCUUGUUCUAUCCCUUUGAAGAAUUACAAACUCUAAAUUUAAGUAAUUUAGGGUGUCAAGGCUGGUUCGAUGAUAUAAAUGGUUAUAAAAGCCUCGGGAGAUUGAAAAGUCUUGAGAUACUUGAUUUAAGUAACAACGGCGUUAAUAAUAGUAUCUUACCCUUUCUAAGUACGGCUUCUUCGCUUAAAACUUUGAUUCUUCAUGGAAACUUUAUGGAAGGUACUUUUCCAAUCAAAGAACUGAAAAACUUGAGAAAUCUUGAACUGCUAGAUCUAAGUGAGAACAAGUUCGUUGGCCCAGUACCAGAUUUGGCGAAUUUUCGUAACCUUCAAGGCUUGGACUUGAGCGAUAACGAAUUUUCUGGAUCAUUGGAAAAGAAAGGACUUUGUCAAUUGAAAAAUUUACUGGAGCUUGAUCUGAGUCAAAACAAAUUUACAGGUCCAUUUCCUAACUGUUUUGGUAACUUGACCAAACUCCAAGUUCUUGAUAUCUCUUCAAACCAGUUUCAUGGGACGGUUCCAUCUCUUAUAAGGAAUCUCGAAUCUAUUGAGUACUUAUCUCUCUCAGAUAAUGACUUUGAGGGUUUUUUCUCUUUCGAGCUACUAGCCAACCUCUCAAAGCUCAAGGUGUUUAAACUUUCAUCAAGGUCUAGUUUGCUUCAGGUACAAACUGAAAUCUCCUGGCAGCCGUGGUUUCAGUUGAAUGUCAUACAGUUACAGAAUUGUAACUUGGAAAUAAUGCCAAGCUUUCUUCGACACCAGAAGGAUCUGCGUGUAAUUAAUCUCUCCAACAACAAGCUAAUCACCGGAGCAUUCCCCUCUUGGUUUUUGGAGCAAUAUCCAAAACUUCGGGUUUUGCUUUUGCAGGACAACUCUUUCUCCAUGUUUCAGUUGCCAAGACUACUAGGUAAUCACAGUUUGCAGAUUUUGGAUGUCUCAAACAAUAAUUUUACUCAACAGCUUCCUGAGAAUAUUGGGAAGGUGCUUCCAAAUCUGAUACACUUGAAUCUCUCAAGUAACGGGUUUCAAGGGUAUUUGCCAUCUUCCUUUGGUGAGAUGAAAAUGCUCCAGUUUUUGGACUUAUCUCAUAAUAACUUAUCUGGUAGUCUACCAAGGGAUUUUCUCAUGGGUUGUGACUCACUUGGUACGUUGAAGCUUUCAUACAACAGAUUCCACGGCCAACUUUUUCCGAUACCAACAACCUUCGGGAGCUUGAUCGUGUUGAUUGCGAAUAACAAUCUAUUUACUGGCAUCACAGGUGGAUUUAGCAAUCUAACUUCUAUAUCAGUGCUUGACUUGUCGAAUAAUAAUCUCCAAGGUGUCCUUCCAAGUUGGUUCGGUCACUUUCCUAUGGUGUAUGUUUCUGUUUCGAAUAAUUUCUUGGAAGGUACGGUACCAAACUCCCUUUUUAACAUAGAAACCCUUAAGAUUCUCGACCUAUCUAGAAACAAGUUUUCAGGGAACUUGCCUAUGCAUUUCAGUGCUCAGUAUAUGAGUUUGUUGUACCUCCACGACAAUGAGUUCACUGGAACAAUUCCAAGCACGUUGAUAAAAGAUGUCUUGGUACUCGAUCUGCGAAAUAACAAGUUAUCAGGGACUAUCCCACGCUUCUUCAACAACCAAGAUGUCAUCUCUCUUUUGUUAAGAGGUAACAGAUUAACUGGUCAUAUUCCUAAGGAUCUAUGUGCUCUAAGAAGCAUUAGAAUCUUGGAUCUUGCCAACAACAAAUUGGAUGGGUCUAUACCUUCAUGUCUAAACAAUGUAUCGUUUGGAAGGGGCUUUGACUAUGAAACUGAUGGUAAUACAUAUUCAGUUGGGUUUAAUGAUGAAGAAGUGGAGGUGUAUUCUAGGUUGUUGGUUUUACCACGUGAGUUUUCUCGAGGCUACACUGACUAUUUGAAGUUCAUAGUUGAUUUUGCAUCAAAGAGUAGGUAUGAUUCUUACACUGGAGGAAGUUUUGAUUUCAUGUUUGGAUUAGACUUGUCAAGUAAUGAACUUAGUGGUGAAAUUCCGAAAGAGCUAGGGGAUCUUCAGAAGUUACGUUCUAUGAAUCUGUCUCACAAUUCCUUGUCAGGUUUAAUACCUGAAAGCUUCUCCAAUCUAACUGACAUUGAGAGCGUUGAUCUUUCAUUUAACGUGUUGCAUGGUAGAAUACCUCAAGAUCUAUCCAAGUUGGACUAUAUGGUUGUGUUAAUUGUGUCCUACAACAACUUGUCAGGCUCCAUUCCAACUCAAGGCAAAUUCUCUACGCUGAAUGGAACCAACUACAUGGGUAAUCCUUUUCUCUGUGGAUCAGCUAUAAACAGAAAUUGUGAUGAUAACAACACUACCGGGUUCCUUGAAUCUGUAUCUCAAAACGAGGAUGGUGAAACAACAAUCGAUAUGGAGGUUUUCCUCUGGAGCCUUGCUGCCACCUACGGUGUAACAUGGAUCAUAUUUCUUGUGUUCCUUUGCAUUGAUUCACCUUGGCGCCGAGCAUGGUUUCACCUCGUUGAUGCUUUUAUCAAUUUUUUCAAAUAUGUUUGAUUUGGUGAAUUUUUAGUACUGGUUUUUUAAAUUACAUGUCAUAAUGUUUCAGUUUGUAAGGUUAUUGAAAAUUCAAAGUUUUUCAUGCACAACUCUUUUAAAGAUAUCUUAUAUAAUAA